UUAUUUAAUGGGUCUUGUUUGAUAUUUGCCACUGCCUGAUUCUGUUCUUGGUUUUGUAGAUGUCGGUGGGUCAGUGGUGGAUUUGAGUUUUUUUUCAAUUGUGUGCAAAACUUCUAUUGGCUAUAUUUGUUCAGAUUGUCAUAUAUAAUAUCCCCUUGCAAAAGAAAUACCUUCUUGAAUUUUGAUUUUGGAAAUCUUUACUAUUCUUCAUGUCAUGUUAGAUUUGAUUGCUUCCACUACCCUGUAGUCCAUAUGCACUUUGCAAAGAUAAGACAUGUGAGAAGGAGAUCUGGAGACUUUGUGGUUUAUCUUGUUAAAAAUUGAAACUUGUUUGAUGAUGUUUAUUCUGGAUUCUCUUGUCUUCAUUGUGCUGUUUUCUUUAUUUGAUUUAUCACUAGAAUGAAAUUAUUGUGCAUAAACUGUGACUGUUUUCUAAGUUUAAGAUACCAUUAUGCUCUGGUUUACUAAUGAUAUGGUACUUAAUUUGAUUGGUUUGAAAAGUGGCAGAUAUUUGGCUGAAUUACUGGGAGAAAGGCAGAAGUUGGUGCCAUUCAUUCAAAUUUUGCCUCACUGUAACAGACUUAUUAGUCAAGUCUGGGAAGUUCGGCAUGGUAGUGUGAUGGCUUUGAGGGAAAUUUUAACCCAUCAAGGAGCUUCUGCUGGAGUAUUUAUGCCUGACUUGAGCUUCGAUGGUGCACAAUUUUUUCAAUUAGAAGAUGAAUUUGUAUCACAUAGAAUGAAGAGAGAGAGAGAGAUUGAUUUGAAUAUGCAAGGACCAACAGAUGAGUUUGAACCAAACAUGAAAAUGCCGAAGUUUACUGAUGUGUCAUCUCCAUGGGUGGAUACAAUGACUAUUGCCAACAUAGAUUGUAACUCUGACAUCAAUAUAAAGGUUGAAGAUGGUAGUAUGUGUGAUUUGCUUGCUGAGCCAAUUACUGAGUUGUCCAACCUUAGCUCUGUUAAGGUGGAGUCAGAUUCUCACCUUGACACUACAUUGUAUUCAACUAAAGAAGAUACUACAUUGUAUUCAAAUAAGGAAGUAACUGAGACAGCCAUAUUCGAGGACUCCUCCAGCAUUAAGGAAACAGAUGUGAUGAAAAAUAUAUCUGAAAAUUCUGAGCUGAUGAACUGGAUUAAAUUGGCUAGGCAUUCUUGGCUUAAGAACUGCCAAUUUCUUCAAGAAUGUGCAAUCCGCUUCCUGUGUGUUUUGUCAUUAGACCGUUUUGGAGAUUAUGUAUCUGAUCAGGUUGUUGCACCAGUGCGGGAAACCUGUGCUCAGGCAUUAGGUGUAGUUUUCAAGUACAUGCAUCCCACUUCACUACAUGAAACAUUGACUAUCUUGCUAGAGAUGCAGGUAAAUUUCAUACCAAAAUGGGAGAUUCUCCAGGGAAGUCUGUUGGGUAUCAAAUACUUGGUGGCUGUAAGGAAGGAGAUUCUUCAUGAAUUGCUUGGACGUGUUCUCCCCGCAUGUAAAGCUGGGCUGGAGGACCCUGAUGAUGAUGUUCGAGCUGUUGCAGCUGAUGCUUUGAUACCAACAGCAGCUGCAAUUGUUAGUCUACAGGGUCAGACAUUGAAUUCCAUAGUGAUGUUACUAUGGGAUAUAUUACUUGAUUUGGAUGAUUUGAGUCCAUCUACCAGCAGUGUGAUGAAUUUGUUAGCGGAAAUUUAUUCCCAGGAUGAAAUAAUUCCAAAAAUGUUGGGAAGUUCUAAAGACAGCCAAGAAUUUGAUCUAUAUGAGGUAGGCUUCAUUGAUGAUAGUAUUGGAGGAAUGAGUAUGCAGGAGAAUCCUUUUAUGUUAGCAACAUUGGCUCCGCGUUUAUGGCCAUUUAUGAGACAUAGUAUAGCAUCAGUCCGUUAUUCAGCUAUUCGCACUUUGGAGCGACUGCUUGAAGCUGGAUAUAAAAGAAACAUUUCUGACUCUUGUAGUUCUUCAUUUUGGCCAUCAUUUAUACUUGGUGAUACCCUUAGAAUUGUCUUCCAGAAUUUACUGUUGGAUUCAAAUGACGAAAUUUUGCAAUGUUCUGAGAGAGUUUGGAGACUCCUUGUUCAGUCUCCAAAGGAGGACCUGGAAAUUGCUGCAAGGUCAUACAUGUCUUCUUGGAUUGAGCUUGCAAGUACUCCAUAUGGUUCAGUGUUAGAUGCUACAAAAAUGUUUUGGCCAGUUGCCCUUCCACGGAAAAGUCAUUUUAGAGCAGCAGCUAAAAUGAGAGCUGUAAAUCUUGAAAACGAAUCUCAUAGAAACAUCCCCUUAGAAUCUACAAAUGGAGCUAUUCCACACGAGAGAAUAGGAGAUGAUUCCAUUAAUCCUGUUAAGAUAAUUGUUGGCACUGAUGUGGAAAUGUCAGUCACUCGUACCCGAGUGGUCACAGCAACAGCAUUGGGCAUUUUUGCAUCUAUGUUGGAAGAAGGGUCCACACAAUACGUUGUUGAUCCAUUAUCGAGUGCACUGACCUCUAUGGCUGGCGUCCAGCGGCAGGUGGCAUCUAUGAUUCUUAUUUCUUGGUUCAAAGAGAUAAAAAGCGGGGGCUCAAAUGAAAAUCAAGGAACUACGUCAAGUUUUCCCAAUCAUCUUAGAAAUUGGUUGUUGGACUUGUUGGCAUGCUCUGACCCUACAUUCCCUACUAAAAAUUCGCUUCUACCUUAUUUAGAGCUUUCAAGAACCUAUUCUAAGAUGCGUGGUGAGGCUAGUCAGUUAUUACAUACUAUGGAAUCAUUGGGUAUGUUCGAUAACUCGUUAUCAAUUACAAAGCCUGAAUGUGAAACUUUGAGUGUGGAUGAUGCAAUAAGUUUUGCAUCCAAAGUUCCAGCCUUGUGUAAUGAUAAUGUUGGGAAUGAAUCUGUUGGACAUCUUGAGGAUAUGGAGUCAGCAAGACAACGACUUCUUACAACUUCAGGGUAUUUGAAAUGUGUGCAGAUUAAUCUCCACGUUUCAGUCUCUGCCCUUGUUGCUGCAGCAGUUGUUUGGAUGUUGGAGCUUCCCGCACAACUUAAUCCAAUUAUCUUGCCUCUAAUGGCUUCAAUCAGAAGAGAACAGGAGGAGAGAUUGCAAGAGAAGGCUGCUGAAGCACUUGCAGAACUUAUUUAUUAUUGUAUUUCGCGUAAGCCUAGCCCAAAUGAUAAAUUAAUUAAGAAUGUAUGUAGUUUAACAUGUAUGGAUCCAUGCGAGACACCUCAGGCUGCAGUUAUUGGCUCCAUGGAAAUUAUUGAUGAUCAAGAUCUUCUUUCCUUUGGGACUGCCACUAACAAGCAAAAAACAAAGGGUCAGAUGAUAGCUGGUGGUGAAGACCGGUCGAAGGUCGAGGGCUUCAUUGGCAGACGAGGGUCUGAACUUGCAUUGAAGCAUCUCUGUGACUACUUUCACACCAAGAGACUACUUUCAUAAGCCUAUUGGGGGGGUCUAAGAGGCUUGCUAGAGUUACUUUUUGAAAUCAUAGCUAGAGUUUCUUGAGCGGAUGAGUCAUAGCUAGAGUAACUUUUGAAAUCAGAAUUAAAAAAAUAUACUAAUUGUAGUUUUUAGUUAGCACUUACAUAGUUAUUCCAAGUGAGUUCUAUAUUCCAUGUGAGUUAGCACUUAUAUAUUUUGAUAUUGUAAUUUUUAGAGUUGGAACAUACUGAGUUCUAUUGAUUUUGUUUGCCUGUUCA